AUGAUAAAUGCAUGCCGUGAUGAUGGAACAACACUUUCCAAACUUCGUUCAUCAUCCAAUACAUUCCCUGCAACUCAAACACAUAUCACUGUCCCUCCUCGUUCCCACUUUUUCCUCAAAGUUUACUCAAAUCCUACUACAGGCUACGGGUGGUCGAUACAUCCAAUAUCACGAUCGUUGCUAUCAUCCGACUCGUCAAAAGUGUCAUUCUUCGCCUGCGGUUAUGUACCUCAUCCUCAUGAACCCAAUAUCGUUGGAAGUGGUGGUGAUGAGAUAUGGGAGUUUGUUAGUGGAGAUGUCAAUGAUGAAGUGACAAAAAUAGGGUUACAAUAUCAGCGACCCUGGUUAGGCGACAAGGACGAAGCUACACAGACAUGUUUUAAAUUAUUUCGACGUUUCGAACUAUACAAAAUUCAUUUUCAAGGAUAA